CCUCCCCACCCCUGCGCCGCUUCAGGUGUAUGACAUCAUCAACGACUAGUCAAAGUCGACUCGAUUUGCAUUACUUGACAGUCGACUUAAAAAAAAUUAAGUCAUGCAGCCCCUACCACACACUAGUGCAGGGCUAUUCGUUUCCGGGCCUUGAGUGCCGGUAUCCAGCACCUUUUAGUGAUUUCUCUGCUCCAACACACUAGACUCAGUGGUUGAAUCACCUGUGCAGCAGCUCAUCAGACUCUGCAGAAGCCUGUUAAUCACCUGCUGAUUGAAAUCAGGUGUGUUGAAGCCGAGUUAAAACUAAAACAUGCUGAUACCGGCCCGCCAGGCCCGGAACACGGAGCGUUCUCCCAGCGGCAGCCAGGUGCCUCUCGUUUGUCUGACUACUUUCAUAAACUACUGUUAGGGCAAAGAAUUAUUCUGUCUGGAGCUUUCAGCGCUGCACAGAUGUUACGUAAAUGUUAAAAAUAUAGCUUACCGCAACUGUUGUAAAGUUUCCGGUGCCACCGGGCAGCUGCAGCAGAGACGAUCUCUGAAAAAUGUCCGCGACACGGACUCCGUUGUUGUCUGGAAGUUUAUUUUUUCCAAGUUAAGAAAAGAGGCGGGCGUGUUUCCUAAAUCCUGCAUCAGUCCAAGCAAGGCAACUUCUUUCUGUUUUUAUUCUGUUUUAGUAGCCAUUAGCACUGUGCAUUGUUGUGUGCGUCAGUGAUAUUUGGUCUACGAGGAAAUCGCGCAAUGACAAAGGUUCCGCCGUGCUCGAAAAGCAAGCUGCGAUUAAAUGCGUUAAUUUUUUUACGCAUCAUUUUUUUUCUAAUUAAUUAAUCAAUUAACGCGUUAAUGUCACAGUCCUAAUUACGAUUUUCAUAAAAUUAUAUGUUACAUAUAUUUAAUGUGAUAGUAAAAUACUUUACAUGUAGAUACAUUUUGUCAUAUCUUUCAUUUAUUAAAAUAGAUUAACUAAAUGUGCAAUUUUUCACAUUAUGUAAUUUCUUGCUAUACAUGGCCUAUAUCUGCACAUAUAAAUGAUGACAUCUGUUUAUUCUUUAAUAAAUACAUAUAUUUUAACUCUGAAUGAUCUCUCUCUCUAAACAUAUAUGUAUUUGUACACACAUAUUUGUAUGUGUAUAUUACAUAUAGUCUCACAUAUAUUCAGAUAUUUGGUGUUCAUAUACCUUUGCAUUUAUUUUAGAAUGAGUUAUCAGAUUUCUAUAUAUUGAAUUAUAUUGUUCAAUAUAUUACUGCAUAUUUUACAAUAUAUUCCAAUAUAUUUUUCUUCCAUUGACCUUUAAAGAAUAAGAAGCAUGAAGAGAAUAUCAGUAAUUUUGUGUAUUUUGAUGGAAAACCCCGUUUCUAACAUGCAUAAUAUUUGACUCUUUUUUAUUUUAGCAACUGCAGAGAUGAUAAUGUCCCUCAGGAUCGAGUCCUUGAGGAGUACACAUUAGCAGAUUUUCUUUGGAGGUCUAAAACGAAACACAAAGAUUGUUAAAAUGACUCAACUUCUUUUGUGUUGCAUGUUUUCUGUUAAAGUUUUCCAUUAAAUACAUUUUAAAAGAAGGCAGGAGUGUUUUCUUGCCUUGUUUGUUGUCUCUGGAAGAGGAAGAGUACGGGUAUGAUGACGAGUUCUCAGUGAGCCGUCUGUGUUUCUCCUCAGGGUAGAAAAUGUGAGAGGAACAUGAGAUAACGUGCAGAGAGGAGAUGCCAGGGAGACAGAGGGGAAAACGAGGAGGGGAUUGGUUUUCUGUCUGCGUUGUGUUUUUUUGUUUUUAUAAGAAGAAGAUAAGACAAAACCUUCUGCUGGUGUUGUGAACGCUCAGCUUAAACCCGCAGAUCCAGCUUCCCUCUGCUGCAGAUGGACGGAUGGCCGACAGGCGGGAGGGAGACGGGGAGAUGUGUGACAUGGAGCGAAAAUAACCCAAAGCUAAAAAUGAGCUGGCAGUUGGACGUACAGCGCAGUAGAGAGGAAUGGAGAGAGACGGAGCAGAAGCAGGAAGGACAGCGACAGAGACUCUGACUCUGAUGAUGUCAGAUCUUGUGUCCUUGGGGCAGACACGGAGGAGCGACUGGUGGAGCACCUCCUAAACCCAGCUCACUACAACAAGCUGAUCCGUCCCGCCACUAACGGUUCUGAGCUGGUCACGGUGCAGCUGAUGGUGUCGUUGGCCCAACUCAUCAGUGUGCAUGAAAGAGAGCAGGUGAUGACCACCAACGUCUGGCUAACGCAGGAGUGGCAGGACUAUCGUCUGACUUGGGUCCCUGAGGAGUUUGAUGGGAUGCUGAAGGUCAGGCUGCCCUCCAAACACAUCUGGCUGCCUGACGUGGUCCUCUACAACAAUGCCGAUGGGGUGUACGAGGUAUCCUUCUACUCUAAUGCGGUGGUGUCCUAUGAUGGAAGCAUCUUCUGGUUGCCGCCUGCUAUCUACAAGUCAGCCUGUAAGAUCGAGGUCAAACACUUCCCGUUCGACCAGCAGAACUGCACGUUGCGCUUCCGCUCAUGGACCUACGACCGCACCGAGAUUGAUCUCGUGCUUCGCGCUGACGUGGCCAGCAUGGAUGACUUCACUCCCAGCGGGGAGUGGGACAUCAUCGCCCUGCCAGGCAGACGAAACGAGAACCCAGCCGACCCCACCUACGUGGACAUCACGUACGACUUCAUCAUUCGCAGGAAGCCUCUGUUUUACACCAUCAACCUCAUCAUCCCGUGCGUGCUCAUCACUUCGCUGGCGAUCCUCGUCUUCUACCUGCCGUCCGACUGUGGUGAGAAGAUGACCCUCUGCAUAUCCGUCCUGCUCGCUCUCACCGUCUUCCUCUUGCUGAUCUCAAAGAUCGUCCCCCCCACCUCGCUGGAUGUCCCCCUGGUGGGGAAGUACCUGAUGUUCACCAUGGUUCUGGUCACGUUCUCUAUCGUCACCAGUGUGUGUGUGCUCAACGUGCACCAUCGAUCGCCCACCACACACACCAUGCCCCCCUGGGUAAAACUGGUGUUUCUCAACAAGCUUCCUGCUCUGCUCUUCAUGCGCCAGCCGAGGAACAGCAGCGAGCGCCAGCGGCUACGUCAGAGGAGGAGGGCACAGGAGCAGAAGGAGGGCGGGCGUGGCGGGGAGCCGGGGGGCCUGAUGGUAGGCCUUGGGCUUGGCGGCACUGGUGGGAACGGAGGGGGAACCGCCACGGCGGCGUUUAGCAAAGAGGACAGCGAGCCUUGUACGUGCUAUGUGAACCGCGCUUCUGUGAAACAGUUUGGAGGGGAUUUGGCGGGUGCAGGAGGGGGAUCGAUGGACGGUCUGAACAGGGUGAGAGAAAGCGGUCCUGGGAACCCACAGAGGGGGAAGCAAGCAGCUGGGGGUCCUGCAUUAACUCAGGCCCUGCUGGCUCAGGCCUGUCCAGGAUUUGAUGAGGCUGUGGAAGGAGUCCGCUUCAUUGCCAACCACAUGAAGAGUGAAGACGAUGAUCAGAGCGUCAGCGAGGACUGGAAGUACGUCGCCAUGGUGAUCGACCGCCUCUUCCUGUGGAUCUUUGUGUUUGUCUGUGUCUUUGGCACGAUGGGCAUGUUCCUGCAGCCUCUCUUCCAGAAUUACACAGCCAAAAGCAUCACCCACACACCUGGCUGACUCUCCGAUCACAAACACGCUAACAGACAGCUCCCUGACCAAUCAGCACUGCAGGACGUGGGUCGAAGGUGUGUGCGCGUGUGCGUGUGUGUGUGUGUGUGUGAGUGUGUGAGGGGGCAGGUCUUAGUUUUAUUGUAUUUAUGGAACUGGAAUCAAAGCUGGUACCGAACAGUUUCACAUCCGUUAAGUUUAUCGCAACGUUUUUUUGCAACGAGAGAACAUUUUUCUUGUACGAAGACGAAAGGAGAACACCCCGAACUCUCUGACCUCCUCUCUCUGGUGGAGAGGUCUCUCCUCUCUGAGUCUGGAUGCUGUGACGAUCCUCAAAGCCAGCCAAACAAACCCUGACUGCUUUACUGCAACAGACAUUACUCGAUAGCGAUGCUGAUGACUUGUAUUUGUGUCGGAGAGGGAAGGGAGGUCCAUCCUGAGUUGUUAUUCCUCUGAAAUCCACCACGUCUGUGAACUGACUCCAUAUAUUUUAAUCAUAGCAUAGCGGCUUGCCACAAUAUAGCAGUGAGUAACUCUAAUAAGAAUAUAUCUAUGUGAGGGUUUGAGGUGUGAUUGUACAGACGUGAAAAUGAUGUAAACUGUGUUACACCGCCAGUGACGCGUCCACUAACACGAUACGUGCAAGACCUGCAGAUCAAAGGGAGACGUUUUAUUCUGAAGGAGUCAAAACCUAGCAGAUAAGAGGAUGAUCAUGCAUGGAGAGGGGUCUUUGUCAGCGGAGGACGGCUGCAGCCAGCUGUGCCAGAGUCCACAGCUGCUCCCGAGAAAGGGAGGAAUCUGAGCCAAGAUGGAGGACUUUGCUGAAAAGGGGAGCGUUUGGCUAAAGGGAUACUUCAGAUUUGUUGUAGGGGUUUGUGGGAAGGCCAGACAGCACUUUCAACAAGUUUCUGUUUGAAGAAAUUAUUUAAUUAUGACAGAUUGAUAGGCUAACAGUCAGAGUGACGGGUAAGACCAAAGUGGAUUAUUACCAUCCUAAUUCAUUCACUGCCAGCCGUUUCCGGAUCAGAAAAGCUCCUGGCUGUUGUGUUGGGCUCUUGAAUAAACUCUGCUCAAGCGAUAACGUGGAGCAACCAUCACCUUUUAUUUUUAGCCUCGAACUGUUCACAUACCACACAUUUCCUCUCGCCCGUAAGUACCGCCCCCCUAGUGGCGUAUGAAUGUAUAUCAAUAUAGAUUACACCACACUGGCUGCCAGCGUUUUUGAGUGUUUUUACUGUUUUUGAAGAGCGUUGUGCUCUGUGAUGACGUCAACGGCAAAACUAGCAAAAGAAAGAGUAGACUCACUCCUUACAUCACGAAGAAUCGGCGUGUUUCCUGCGUUAUUUGAGAAAAAGGCUCAUGGUGCGCUGUCAUAGUCAUCAAUGACAGUAAAUGAGUUCAAGGCGUGAAACAUUGAAAAAAACCUUUUAAGGAUUAUUUCUGAUUCAAACGGUUCACUCUGAGGACAUGAGAAUAGUCUCCUACACUUAUCUCCUGCAUUAGCUUCUGAUAGAAAACAGACAGUGAAACUCUAGGAUUAGAAAAGCCUGACGGAUCUACGUCACGCUGUCACUUCCCAUCUAUGGACUCACCCAUCUGGACUCAGCGUCCAGGAAACAGCAGAGAGCGUCUCGACUAGUAGAAGCUAACCAUUAGCACUAACAGCUCCGCCACGCAGCAGAACUCCUCCAGGCUUGUGUUAUUUGCGGAGGUAAAACAUCAAAGUUGCAGAGCAGACAUAGUCAGUGGUAGGGUCGUGUUGCUGUUAGCCAAUCAGUGGAGAGAUGUCCACAUAUCAGGAAGUGGCAGUAUGAAUCCUGUCGUCUGAAGCUACUUUCUCCACUGGCUGAAUUUCCUGAUUCAGGCACAUCUGAGAUAUUUUUCCCUCCAGAAAACGACUCGCGAGGCAUUAAUUCCUACCAGAAACCAGCAGAGGCAUUGAUUAAACGAGUUUCCAACACUUUUAAAGAUGGCUACUGCGGUCUUAGCUAGCCGUUAGCUUGUUUUGGCUUAAAUUCAUGAAAACUUCUGAACUAUCCCUUUAGUAGGAAACCCGGGUCAGUUAAUCAGGCGUUUGGGGUGUGUGUAAUAACCCGUCUUCACAUCUGUUCAUUUAAUUCAGUCGUGAUCACCAGAACGGGAGCCUCUUAGCUCACGUUCCUGACCCACAUCCUAGACGCUGCUCUUUGUUUCCUGCUCCUUCUGUUCCUUUGUUUUCUACGCAGCAAAUUUGUUUCUAAAAUCCUCUUUUUUUUGCCGUCUCUCAUGUUUCAAUAACUAAAAGGAACACAUGGACCUGGCCAACAUAGAGCUGUCAUAGAAGGGAACAUGUUAUGCAACAUUUGUAUGAAAUUAAAAAAAGAAAAAUGCAAAUGAAGAAGAGGAAUAAAGCUGGAUCAGUUGCUGCACUAAAGACUGUAAAAUGCUUCCCUUUCCUCCUCGCUGUCACCCGCCAGCUUUUUACAGCCGUGCGGCCAGGAGCCUGCAGCAUCUCCCGGUGGGAGCUGCCUCUCAAGGACGGGAUUACCCACAGGGAUCCCCGGCAGAUCCCAAACAAGUGUGAAAAGCCUUUCUGAGACUGCGGAGCCAGAGUGCGUCUGCCUGCUCCCUUUGACCUUUGCACUCUUCGUCCUUUUCUUCUCACUUCCGUUCAUAUUUCACCCUCCCCUUCCUGACUCUAAAACCUGCUCACUGUAAGCAGCCCAAUAAAGGUUGUAGGUUCAUAUUAUU